AUGGAGAACAUGAGAAACUUUCAAAGGGGCGGGGACCAAAUCAGUUAUAACUACUUGGACAAUUUACAGAUAAACGAAAUGAGAAAUGCACAGAAUGAAAACAGCCCCGUGCACACAGCGGACGUAAACUUCUGCAAAGAACACAUUACCAGAUCGAGCAACACCCAAAUGGUGCGAGUCGAAAACAGAGGACAUAACAAACCGUAUAUAUACAAGAAGUUAAUCGUUUUUGAUUAUGAUGAUACGAUAUUGCCAACUAGCUGGAUAACUGCAAAGAUGAAGCUAGGCUUGAAUGACAACAUCCCAGCAUCCGUAAGACAAUUCUUUUUUAAGUUAAGUGAAGUUGUAAUUAAAACCUUGAGUCUAUGCUUGACACAAGGAAAAUUGGUUAUAGUAACCAAUGCAAGCUUAGAGUGGUUAAUUAACUCAGCGCGUAAGUUUAUCCCAUUAGUAUGGUCAUAUAUUAUUCUCAACAAUAUAAGAAUUAUAUCCGCAAGGGAUAGAUUAAUUAAUUCUUUAAUUGAUCCGAAGGAUUGGAAGAAAGUCAUAUUUCAUCAAAUCAUAAAUGAAAUUUUAGCCCCGUACCUGUGCAACAAAUCAGUUAUAUGUUUCAUUUACUCUGUGGGUGAUGGAAAUGAUGAGAGAAACGCUUGCUUCUUCAUUUCACAACUGAAUCAGUAUUCUUCUUGUAUUUUUAAGUCAUUGAAAUUUUUGUCCGAACCGUCAUGUCAGAAGUUGAUAGCUGAGCAUGAGCUCUUUUAUUAUUUUUUUAACAGCACAUGUAACCCGUCUGAGGCAAGAUGUACCUCUAUUAAGCCCCUGGCGUCUCCGCCCCCCGAGAGCAGCGGUGUUGUUUUGAGCACCUCGGUACCGAAGAGUUGCAAGUCGCUGCAAAAUGUGUGA